AUGGCCGCUGUUGCUGUCGCUGCUGCGUCCUCUAGCGUUGCACUGAAACUUUCAGCGCCGCGGAAUGGGGUCUCUUCCUCUCGGACUCCCGCUCUAGCCUCGUUCCCCAGGCUCUCUAGGACAAGUGUUGCGGGGAAACGCAAGCUCACGGUGAAGGCCACUUCGCCUCAAGUGGAGGAGUACAAGGGAAAGGCAACUGAACUCGUCGACGUUGCCAAAUCCAAGGUUCCAGGCUUCUUGAAGCUCGUUGGAACCGUCUACACUGGAUGGUUCGCCUACCGCUACUUGCUAUUCGAGGCUUCCCGUAAAGAGCUGUCCGACAAGGUGGCGGAUCUGAUCUCCCAGAUUAAGUGA